AUGAGUCCAGAAUUCGUUUUCACUUUUGCAGCAGUCUAUGUCACAAUGGUUCUACUAUUGAAUCAAUUUAAUGCUGGCAGGGGGUAUCAACCAUGGGCUCUGAGUAAAAGUCCGAUUUUUAAACCUUUGGUGACCAUUCAUAAUGCUUUACUUGCACUUUUCUCCGCGUGGUCUCUUUGUGGAAUGCUCUACGUCCCAUUUGUUCUUUGGCCUUCGAUAGCGACAGAUUUAGACGUCAGUUAUCCCGCCCGAGCCGUGGAAUUUCUUUGUAAAGCAAACUCGAAGGACUAUAAGAUUUUAAACAACUUAAGCAUUUCUGAAGCAGGAGGGACUUAUAUGAGUUGGCUCUUCUAUAUGAGCAAAUUUUAUGAAGUAAUGGACACUUUGAUCAUCCUCACCAGUGGAAGGAAAAGUUCAACGUUGCAAACAUUUCAUCACGCUGGGGUUAUGAUUGCAGGGUGGAUCGGCAUGAGAUAUGAAUCUCCAAUGGGUUUUAUUGGAGCUAUUUUGAAUGCGGCAGUGCAUACUCUGAUGGUGAGGCGGCAUUAUCCGCUCCUUGACUCUUUUCUUCUAGAAGAAAUCCGAUUAUAUAUGCUAAUACAUGAAUCAUUAUCUUUCCAGUACACAUAUUUCACUCUGCGCGCACUUGGAAUUUCUGUGCCCAGCAAAUUUAAGCGCACUCUGACAAAAAUUCAAAUUGGACAGUUUGUGGUAGGUCUAGGUAUCGCAUACCUCUACACCUUUGUGAGGUAUGAAGCUCCACUUCAUGUUGUUCGUAAAGCCUUCAAUUCCACCUCGCCUCUAGUCUCGGACUCAGUCAAAAGACGUGAUCAUAUUCGAGAGGGUCUAAAUGACAUGGUUACAUUUUCAUGUUUGGAGAAUCGUGGCGAGGGGUUCCCAGUGAUACUUGCGAGCCUCUAUCUCUUGCCUUUGACUUAUCUAUUUAUCAAGUUUUACGUCCACUCCUAUACUAGGAAAAUGGCGUAA